CUAGCUCGGAUGGAUCCGGAGGACUGUUGCCGUUGCCAUUAUCGUUGUUGUCAUUGUCGUCGUCCUCGGUAUUUGGAUCGUCAGCAUCAUCAUCAUUGUCUAGAUCGUUCUGAUAGUAUCUAUCCCAACUGGUAAAUUGGUCAAAAAGGGAAAAGUUAAAUUGGACCACAGCAGAUAAUUUGUGACUGCUCUUUUUUUCCAGAAACAGAUAGAUGGAAAAGAAGGGAGAAAUAAGGAUCUGUCAAGAAGGCUGCAUACAGCGAAGGAAAGUAACUGUAUAAUUUGAUGAUAGUCUGUUGGUCUGAUGCCUCCCUCUCCCAGACAGACACUGGUCGUUGACCGAAAAGAACGAAACUUCAAAUACAGUCUAAUCUAAUCUAAUCGAGGUGAUCGGUCUAAUCUAAUCUCAGAUCCGACUCCACUCGCGAUGCAUGUUCAGCCUCGCAGCCUCAGCCUCGCGCGGAGAGAUUUUGUGCACCACUGUUCCUGUUAGGCAGUCGACCGGAUUCUCACUGAUUGCCCUCGAGUUUCCAUGCCUCAUGUGUCUAUCAAUGUCACACAAGGAUCUCCACAGGAUGAGUACAUCUUGAGAAAACACACAGCAAUACGAACCUAUGCGGUGCCGUCACCACCCCCGUAUAUCAAGUACAGAUUAUCGAACAGGAAGCCGAUUGAAACGGACAUGGAAUGAAAUGAAUUGAACAGAUUGGCAAAAUGUACCCGUCACGCAUCUCGGUUCCCACACCCCCGACACCAGAAACCGAAGACAUCUUCUCCUCUGCUCUGGCGAGUCUGUUCACGGACGACACGCAAAACAGCCACGGCACUCCCGGAUCCAGUGUGACCUACCAUUCCCCCCGAUUCGGAACCAUCAGUCUCCGCAUCCCUGCUCACCCGGACGUCGAGGAAGGGAGGAAACUGUUUGCGCAUUAUCUGUGGAAUGCGGGUGUUAUUGCGGCGGAUGCAAUUGAGACGGCUAGUCAAGAGCAGCAGCGCGAUGAUGAUCCUUCCGCGAGUGAUCUGAACCAGGUUCUCUGGGACAAAAAGUACUGGGAUGUAAGAGGGAAUCGAGUCCUCGAGUUGGGCGCUGGAACCGCACUUCCAUCAAUCGUUUCCGCACUAUCAGGCGCUUCAGUGACCACCAUCACCGAUCAUCCGUCCUCGCCUGCCCUGACCACAGGUGCGAUUGAGCAGAAUGUUCGAGACAAUGUCGUGAAACGACGACAGCAACAAACCAAAACCGACAACGACAAUGCCAACACAAACGCCAACCCACUUGAUGAUAUCACCACCAGUACCAGUACCAUCCAGCCAAAUCAGCCAAAUGAAUCAACCUCAGUAUCACCAUCAACCUCAGUAUCUAUACCUACGCCUAUAACCGAUUCUACCUCUAUCUCUGCACCAGACCGAAAAGUCAAAGAAGGCCAAGGCCAAGUCCAAGACCGAACCCAAGUCCAAGUCUACGGCUACACAUGGGGCACCCACAAAAUGUACCUCCCCAACACCUACGGCAAACCCGCUUUUGGACCCGACCAACCAGGCCCCAACAGCUACGACAAAAUCAUUAUUGCUGAUUGUCUGUGGAUGCCUUCGCAACAUGUGAAUUUGGUCAAGACGGUUUUGAGGUAUUUACGAAGUGAACCGUCAACUUCCACAACUUAUCCUCCGACCACCUCAACCUCCACCUCAACCUCCACCUCCACCUCCACCACCACCACAUCUUCUACUAGUCCUUCAACAGACGCAUAUUCAACCGUGGCAGUGACAGAUUCUAGCACACCAUGCGCCCUCGUAAUCGCCGGCUUCCACACCGGCCGCGGCAUCGUGCGGCACUUUUUCGAAGUCGCGACCGGUGAAUGGAUAGAUACACAGUCGGAGACUCCAACUCCUCCAGAAGAAGACGGAGACCAAGACCCAGAACUCACACAAGUUCAAGGCCAAUUACGAGCUGCAGAAAUAUUCGAGAUCGACGUCAAUGGGGCUCGCAGGCCAUGGCUGCCCGUCCGGGAGGGUGAGACGAAAGACCAGGCUAAGAGAUGGUGUGUUGUGGCUGUUUUGGUUAGAAGAUAAUAAUAAUAAUAACAAAAACAAACACACUAUA